AUGUUAUUCUUCACAUUACUAUUGUUCUUGUUACCAAAUAUAAUACAAAUCUUAAAAAGUGACAAUUUUAAAGAGGUUAAUAAUAUUAUUAUCGACAAUUGGACAUCGUGUGAAGAAUUUUUAAACAACACCGUCUUUAACCCACAAUCAGUCGUGGAUAUAGAUUGGAAGAUAUUUUACUUCUGGCACUAUGAUUUUGAGGAGAGCUAUCAUAUUAAAUUCGGUAUACCGACGCCUGGGUUAAUAAAACGAUUUAGUGUGGAACUAGACGAGGAGUUGAACCCUCCGGUGAAUUGGACCGAUGCAGAUUUGUUUAUGGAGACUUCUAUAGACUUCAGUGGAUUGUUUAUUAAGACCAAUAUAUCGGGUCUGUAUAGGCUUAUAUCGUCGAUUUCUUUUCAAUAUAGUAAUACACCGUACCUGACUUUUGGAUUGAAAGUCGUUGAACCAGGAUACUUGGGACUAAUGAAUUGCAAACAUCGGCUGGGUUAUGCAUUAGCACCAAUGGAGUUUAUGCCGUCUUCUAUAGAAUUAGAACGAGCUGCGUCGAAAAUUGGAUUUUGGAGCCCGUUUGGAAGGUCGUACCUGAUAACCGAUAACACAACAACAUCUCCAAUUUCACUUAUCGAGAGCUUGGAUGACGCAGACGACGAUGCCCAAAUUGAUGUAGAUAGACAAAUAAAUAAUUUACAGAUAAUUUAG